CGGAUUCUGGAUCUCCUCUCCAAGCGUCCACUUGAGAUCGCUCAGCCCAGCCACCAAUCGUCGGACAUGUACCCUCGACUCCCAGCAUUGAUCCAGCUCUCUUCCAAACACCACGUACUACAGAAUCGAAGCUCACAAACGAUAUGUGCUCUGCUUUUCUUUACUCAACUGCUGCUGCCGAAGACUCUGAUGCCUUUGACGACACCUUACCUUGUAUCUUCAACUGCUCACAGUCAACUUGACAAGACCUCUUCCGAAGAACCGCCAAGAAGACCUCCAGCUUCAUCGACAUCGUCUAGAACCUCAGUAGUCCAUUGCACCCUUAGGAUGCCUAUCGCCUUCGAUCGAGUUGGGUAUUCUCCCACUAUGUCUGCGUUGGACUGCAGUGCCCACAACACCAAAGACUUCCCCCUUCUCAGUCUCAAGCAUACCGUCACAGUCCUCGAAAAUCUGUCUAGAUAUCACCGGGCAAGAGCCGUUGAAGCGCCGGAUGGCAUGGUCUCAUUGCGCGAGUCAGACAGCAGUGCGACGCGUCUUGUGAUGGUGGUCGAGGUCAGAGUUAGAGUUGGAUGACGUCAGCGGUCAGACUUCAUGACGUGGCACAGACCGCGGACCUUGGGGUACUUAUACUCAUCUAU